AUGACAGAAGAGAGCAGGUUCUGCAAAAACUGUAAACGAGAUGUGUCUGCUGUCAAUUUCUCCCUCCAUGAGGCCCACUGCUUGCGGUUUCUCACUCUCUGUCCAGAAUGUGACGAAACAGUUGCCCAAAAGGAUAUGAAAGACCAUCAAACAGAAGCACACAAGCAGGUCAGAUGUAAUCUUUGUCACCAAAGCAUGCAGCAAUACCAGUUGGAGCAUCAUGAGACCAAGGAAUGCCACAAACGAGCAAUGAAAUGCAAGAUCUGUGAGCUUGAAAUGCCCUUCAACAAGCUGCAGGAACACCUGAACACCUGUGCCAGCCGAACAGAGCAGUGUUGGGAGUGUAAAAAAUACAUCAUGUACAAAGACCAGAACAAACACAAAGAUAUUUGUCAGAACAGUGGUCUGUCCUAUCAUAAGGAUGUGAUCUUUCAAACCAGUGAAGCAUCCACUAAUGCAACAUUUAUUCGCCCCACUGGUACUGGUGGCAAUCUUUGUCGGAAGUGCAAUAAGUCAUUCUCAGAUGACCAGUACUCCCAACAUCUGAAUAAAUGCAGUGCAGCCCAUAAGCUGACAAAAGUUCUUGCUGGCCAAUCAACUUCAAAACUCAGCAGUGAUCCACCACAGUCUUCUUCCUCCCUGGCUCCCUCUUCCUGCUCCGAGAAUGCAACGGCAUGGAAAGAUGUCCGUCCCAAAGGGAAAGAAAGGGACCAGCCAUUGACGUCCAAAACCUUGCUUAAACCCCCAAAGAACAAAAAGAUUGGCUUUCCCUCUCCCACAAGAGGCAGACUUUCCACAUCACUUCAAGCUCUUGAAGACACCCAGUCUUUUGACAUGUUGGAGACCUGUGCCCAUUGCAACAUUCUUCUGCCACUUCCAACCCUUUGGAAACAUGAGAUCAAAUGUCUACGUUUGACAUCUUUGAAGAAUGCUAGGAUGAAACAAAAAUCAAGUUAUGGAGAAAAAGAAGACUCUCUCUACAGCACUCAUGAUUAAAUCUGGAAAUAGAAGCACAUCUUCAGAUUGAAGCUUCAGCUCAGCUUUAGCAAAAGGCACUGAAAAUGCAAUAGCUUUGUCGACAAAAAAAAGUGACUUGCUACUCUGGAUCAAGAACAAAGAGUGACUCAGAUUUUUAUUCCUUAUGAAGAGAGGCAUUUAAAAGGUUUCACCAGAAAACUGUAGAAGUGAUGGGGGCUCAGCAGCUGUUGUCAUUGCAAAUAUUUCUAUGUAAGUGUGCCUUAGGAAUGUACUUUUCCCACUUGCUUCAGCAGGGAGAGCAGCUUAUUUAAAAAUGUUUGUUCUGGGGGAGAGAAGGAAAUAAGGAAUUCAGAAUUCCUUGUCAUGUUGAGUGUCACCAAUCCCCCUUGCCCUCACUGAGAGCUGAGACCUUAGUGUUUUUCAGGGUAUGGCCCAGUGAAAUUAAAAAACAUUAAAUCCUGCUCUCCUUCACUUCACGGAACCUAGGGCUAGCAAAAACAUCUUUGUCUUGGGGAGAUUGCAGACACAUCCAAAGGAUAACUGAGGGUGUUCAUCUUCUGAUAUACAAAUGGAAACUGUUGGAGCCCAAUGGUGGAAAAGUUAAACAUGAAGAGUGAGUGGAUGCUUUAUGCUAAUGUCUGUGAACAUUUGUGAAACAGCCUUUGCUGCUUGGCAUCUUACAUCAGUAAACACUAAAACGUUAACAGAACAGUUUUACUACAAGGUGCCAUUUUCCUCUCAUCCACCUUUAGCAGUGCUCAAUCUUACAAGCUGAUGGCUGGAACUAAUGUGCAUAUGCUGACUUAUAAUUUGAGUAACAUCUUACUUCUCAGCUCCAAACCUGUUGAUACCUGCAUCAUUUAUGCACAAACACACAUGGGAUGCGAAGGCAGGCUGAGUUCAUAAACUCUCUCAGCGAUUCAGCAAGGGCCCAGGCUCAUUUAUGCAUAUCUUAGGCAUAUCUAUAUGGGCAGGACUGAGCUGGAAUGCACCAAUGGACGUUCCAAGAGUAGAUACUUCCAGCCUUGUAACCACUGGGCUAGUGCCAGUGUUGUGAGUGGGACCGUGGCUGGUCAUAAGGCCUGAUGAGCGUUAGUGACUUCUGAGGCUCCCUUAACCUUUGCAGCAUAGAGACUGUUUGUAACAAUCAACAGCUUUUCCUACAUGUAUUCAGACCUCAUUAACCUGAAUCUGAAACUGUGCUACUGGAAGGCCAAGAGUGCAUAACUUCACUCCCUGUCUGUCCCAGAUGUUUUGCCGAUCAGUGUCUAGUGAAUUGCAUUUGAAAGCCUGCAGGAGUACUCUGACCACGUUUAAGAAGGGAUUUUCAAAUACAAUCUAAGACAGCGCUCUCACUGUGGUUUAUUUUAAGCUUUUAAAAAAUUGUUCUGAAUUUCUGGUAAGCAGGUCUAACAUUGAACAUGGUGCUAUGAAACAGAAUUUUCUGUAUUUGGGGGCAGA